AUGCAUGGACUCGCUCUCGCCUUCGAAGGCACUCACGACACCCUCUCUACCCCCGAGAUGCACAUCGACCCGAACCAGCUCGAACGCGGCAACCUCGACCGCAACCCCGCAGCCACCCCGGGACGCUCGUACGCGCUCACACACGUACCGGAGGACGAGAUCGAGCUUGCAGACUCGGAGCAGGUCCCCGAGGCUGUCGCGACGGCGGGCGAGGCAGGGCGAAACGAGUGUGUCGAGGAGGGAGCCGUCGGGGAGGACGGGUCGGAGCGGGAUCUCGCUGGAGGAGGGAAACGCACGGGCUCGCCUUCGCCCGGCCCUCACAAGCCUCACCACGCCGUCUCUCCCUCGCAAAGACCCUCCCGCAGCCCCUCCGACCUCGAAGCCAACGCUCCCUCCCCUUCCUCGCGCGAGUCGGUCUUCAAAAAGGCUACGAACGCCCUCAAGCGCCAUGCGGCCUUUGUUGGACCAGGCGUGAUCGCGUCGGUCGCGUACCUCGAUCCGGGCAACUGGUCGACCGACUUGGCUGCUGGCUCGCAGUUUGGAUACAGCCACUUGUUCGUCAUCUUCUUCGCCGGCAUGAUGGCGCUCCUCUUCCAGGUCCUCUCGACCCGCCUCGGCUGCGUCAGCGAUUACGACCUCGCGACGCAUUGCCGCUUCGCGCUGUACGACCGCCCGUCGCCCUACAAGCUGUACUACCGCUACCUCCUCCUGUACCCUCUCUAUGUCCUCGCCGAAAUCGGCAUCGUCAUGACAGACCUGGCCGAGCUCCUCGGUUCCGCCAUCGCCAUCAACCUCCUCAUCCCGCCCAUCCCACUCUGGGCUUGCGUGCUCCUCACCUCGCUCGACGUCUUCCUCAUCCUCCUGCUGUUUAACCAGUACCCGACGAGGACUGUGACGAGGAGCAUGAGGCUCUUUGAGCUCCUCAUCGGCGUGCUGGUGAUUGUCGUCCUGGCGUCGUUCGUGGCGAUGCUUGUCAAGGUUGGACCGGUGUGGAAGGAUGUCUUCCGUGGCUACGUGCCGGGGUCGGGCAUUAUUGGCAACGGCGGCAUCUACAUCGCAGUCGGCAUCGUCGGCGCAACCGUCAUGCCCCACGCCUUCUAUAUCGGUUCUAAGAUGGCUACGAUGCGCCGCCUCAAGCCCGAGGAUUACGGCGAGGUGUCCCCUCCUUCCUCGCGCGGCCUUGAUUCGGACGACUAUGACCAAUCGAAAGAGCUCAAGCCGUCGUCUGCCUCGACCAACACCGCUGUCGAGCCCGAGCACGAGGAGGACGAGGACUCGCCCGCCAGCCCACGCGGCCGCCUCGCCAGCCUCCUCCCCUCGCACCUCCGUCCCGCCCGCACGCGCUCGUCGCCCACCCGUCCUCGCGCAUACUUCCCUUCGAUCCAUCUUCCCCAGCCAGUCAGUCUCGGAAACAUCGGAUUCGAUUUGGGCGCGUUGAGCCGGGCGCGGACGAGGAGUCGGAGUCCUGUGCAGGAGCGGAGGCGUCCCCUCGCGGCUGGCGAGGAAGGUGAGGAAGGGAAGACCGAAGCGCCCAUGGACGAAGUAGCCAAGACGCACCGGAUCCGUCCGCGCCCGACCCUCGCCUGCGUCCGCGCGCACCUCACGCACGCAAGUAUCGACGUCGCCUUCUCGCUCGUCGGGUUCGCGCUCGUCGUCAACUCGUGCAUCCUCAUCCUCGGUGCGGCGGUGUUCUACUAUGGGGAUGGCAGGGCGCAGGGGAGGGAUGCGGGUGGCGUCAGCGACUUGUUUGAUGCGUACGAGCUGGUGAAGGAGUACCUCGGGCAGGCCUUUGCGUACCUCUUUGCGAUCGCACUCCUCGCCGCCGGCCAGAGCGCCAGUCUCACGGUCACCCUCUCGGGCCAGAUCGUCAGCGAAGGCAUGAUCGCCUGGCGCACCAAGCCUUGGAAACGCCGCCUCAUCACCCGCUGCAUCGGCAUCAUCCCCUCGCUGGCGGUCGCUGUCUCGGUCGGAAGGCAGGGGAUCGACGCCCUCCUCGUUGGCAGUCAAGUCGCGUUGUCGAUUGUGCUCACGUUCGUGAUGAUCCCCUUGAUCAUCUUCACCUCGCAACAAUCGGUCAUGGCGAUCCCUCACACUCCCUCGUCGCUUCCUUCCGCUCCCUCCGCCCCUUCGCCCGCUCCCUCUCCCUCCCCGCCUCUCCCCCUCCGCACCCGCCUCUCCCGCCUCAUGCACACCCUAAACCCCCUCCGCCGCCGCUCCGCGCCCGAAGGCACAACCUCCUUCGCCAAUUCAGUCGCGGUCAUCUACCUCUGCUCGGCGCUUUGGUUGCUCGUCGGCAUCGCGAACGUUUAUGCGUUGUACCAGGUCGCGAGUCAGGGGGUCUGA